GGGUAGCUGGAGGACAUGUACUGUCCCCCUGAGAUCCUCCCUGGUGAGAAGGCAGCAGCCCCCUCGUCCUGCCCCAUGUCCGGAAGGAUUUGUUCUCCCUGCUCUUUGGAAAGGCCUGGGAGAGGCAGAGGAUUGUCUCCAACGGUCAGGGUGGAGCUUGAGUUCCCACAGAAGACCCCGUGGCCCCGGAGCUGCUUCUCUUAGCGACCCUUCCUCUAGGACCUUGUUCGGAAUGCUGCAAGCAACUUGGGCUUGCUGUGGCACUGAGGAUGUUGCUUCUCCUUGCAGAUGACGUCAAGGUCGAGCAGCUGAACUACCUGCAGCUAGCGCGAGCCACCUCCUUCCCACUGUACGUGGUGCAGGAGUGUGUGCAAGAGACCGUCCUCUUGUACUGUUGCCUCCUGAAGAACAAGGAGCACGUCCCCUUUGCCUUCAGGGACAUCGGUGUUUUGACCUGUGAAGAUGGUUUCCUGUGCAUGAAGUUUUAUCCAGACUGUGUUAAACAUCUGGAGAGCGCUGCAGACCUCGUUGCAAUGCUCCACAGUAGAAUGUGGCCGGCACACCCGACUGCCUUGAGUGGAGAGACCACCGCUCGUGCGAUCCAGAUGUUCCCAAGGUGAGUGCAUUUCCUCCGCAGCCCUUGGCUUCCCACCUCCUCCUUUGGAACAUGCGCGGUCGGGUCUCCACGCUCAGCAUCCA